AUGGGCCUGAUCACCCGCCUCGUCAAGCUGACGACCUACGGCGGCGUCGCCACGGUCGGCGCCUUCUUCGUCUGGACACGCAACUCCACCGUCGAGCCGCUCCCGACGACCGACGCCCUGUUCCAGUCGUCCUGGUACCGCAAGUACAACCCGGAGCAGAACGAGACCAUCCAUGACGUCUGCGUGCGCAAGGUGCCGCUGUCGCAGAUCGACCCAAAGCUGUUGGAGAAGAAGGGGAAGCUGGUCGAGGCGUUCUGUGCGGGUGUCUGGGGCGGGUUUGGCUAUGCCUUCCAACGCGAAUACCUCGCCCGCAAGUACAAAGGCCCCCAGACGGCCCACCAGCUCUGGUCCCCUCAUGAGCUGCGCACCUCGUCCUACCCCGUCGGCACCCAGAUCACCGACCACUUCGAGGUGAUUGAACACACCGACGACCGCAUCGUUGUGCGAUGCGGCGACUCCCCGCUGAAACGCGACGUCCGACCCUCUGACGGCCUGUUCGAGAUGGGCGUCGCUGUCAAGCCGGACGAGGGCGUGGCCGAGUUCAAGCUCAAGAGCGUCUUCUACCAGGGUCUGGGCAAGGCGCAGGGGCCGCCUAUGCCGCCGCACAUUGAGUGGCUGCACCGGCAGUACGCGAAGUUGUGGAUGGAGAGUGCCAUCCGGAAUGUGGUGCGGUAG